CGCCGCGCGUCCGCGCCCCGCGAUUCCCGAAGCCGAGGAGGGAGCAAGGCGGUGGCUCCGCUGGGCUCCGGGCUGGGCCGGGCGCGGGGCCGGAGCGGCGGAUCGCGCGGAGGACGGUGGUCUGGGCCCGGCGAGCCAUGGCGGCCCCGGAGCCCGUGCCGAGGCGGGGCCGGGAGCGCGAGCGGGAGGACGAGAGCGAGGACGAGAGCGACAUCCUGGAGGAGAGCCCGUGCGGCCGCUGGCAGAAGCGGCGGGAGCAGGUAAACCAAGGGAAUAUGCCAGGGAUCCAGAGCACCUUCCUGGCCAUGGACACAGAGGAGGGGGUAGAAGUGGUAUGGAACGAGCUCCACUUCGGGGACAGGAAGGCCUUUUCAGCCCAUGAGGAGAAGAUCCAGACGAUGUUUGAGCAGCUGGCACUGGUGGACCACCCCAACAUCGUCAAACUGCACAAGUACUGGCUGGACGCCUCUGAGGCCCGCGCCAGGGUCAUCUUCAUCACAGAGUACGUGUCAUCGGGCAGCCUCAAGCAGUUCCUCAAAAAGACCAAGAAGAACCACAAGGCCAUGAACGCUCGGGCCUGGAAGCGCUGGUGUACCCAGAUCCUGUCCGCACUCAGUUUUCUGCACGCCUGCAGCCCCCCCAUCAUCCACGGGAACCUGACCAGCGACACCAUCUUCAUCCAGCACAACGGCCUCAUCAAGAUUGGCUCCGUGUGGUACCGCAUCUUCUCCAAUGCGCUUCCGGAUGAUCUCCGGAGCCCCAUCCGCGCAGAACGAGAGGAACUUCGAAACCUCCACUUCUUCCCACCAGAGUAUGGCGAAGUUAAUGAUGGGACUGCUGUGGACAUCUUCUCCUUUGGGAUGUGUGCACUGGAGAUGGCUGUACUGGAGAUCCAAGCCAAUGGGGAUACCCGAGUCACAGAAGAGGCCAUUGCUCAAGCCAGGCACUCACUGAGUGACCCCAACAUGCGGGAGUUCAUCCUAUCAUGCCUGGCCCGGGACCCUGCUCGCCGACCCUCUGCUCACAACCUCCUCUUCCACCGCGUGCUCUUCGAGGUGCACUCACUGAAGCUGCUGGCAGCCCAUUGCUUCAUCCAGCACCAGUACCUCAUGCCUGAAAAUGUGGUGGAGGAAAAGACCAAGGCAAUGGACCUGCAUGCAGUCUUGGCAGAGAUGCCCCAGCCCCAUGGACCCCCCAUGCAGUGGCGGUACUCAGAGGUCUCCUUCUUAGAGCUGGACAAAUUUCUCGAGGAUGUCAGGAAUGGGAUCUAUCCACUGAUGAAUUUUGCGGCUGCUCGGCCCCUGGGGCUUCCCCGUGUGCUGGCUCCACCCCCGGAGGAGGUCCAGAAGGCCAAGACCCCAACACCAGAACCCUUUGACUCAGAGACGAGGAAGGUGGUCCAGAUGCAGUGCAACUUGGAGAGAAGUGAGGACAAGGCUCGCUGGCAUCUCACGCUGCUUUUGGUGCUGGAGGACCGGCUGCACCGGCAGCUGACCUAUGACCUGCUCCCAAGUAGCCGACAACGCCCAGGACCUCGCCGCUGAGCUAGUGCACUACGGCUUUCUGCACGAGGACGACCGGACAAAGCUAGCGGCCUUCUUGGAGACAACCUUCCUCAAGUACCGUGGGGCCCAGGCUUGACCUUCCCAGUCCUGGAGGCCCAGCUGGGAUACCAGGGCUAAGGGAUGUCCACUUGGGGAAGAGCUCCACACUGCUCAGAGCUGCCUUCCAAGCUUGUAUUUCUGGGAGCUGAUGAACAAGUGCCCUGCUAGUGAGGACCCCAGCCUCUUGCAGCAGUGUGGGAUACUGGGGUGGUAAUGUAACCUUGAGCCCUUCAUGGGCCCAGGGAGCCUGGGUGGGAGUGGAGGGAACAGGUCAGCUAGGGGAACCAUCUAGUGAGGGACAGCUGUCAACCUCUGUUGGCAUAGAAGACCUAGGCAGGGAGUCUAGACUCAAAAGCAAUAGAGCCCCUGUAGGUGCCAAAGACAAUACUGGGCACCUGGCAGGCCAGUCCUAGCUGGAGGACCAGAGGCUAGAGAGCCUGGAGUUGAUCCCAUGGCCAGCCAAACCCCUGAUCCCAUGAAGAUCAGCCCUGAGCCCUCUCUGACCUUCCGUGCACUUGAGAUCAGGACCUGCAUCCUCCCCAGGGCUCUCCAACAGGAUGCUUUUCUUCUGCAUUCCCUGGCCUGGGGCUCAGAAGUCAGACAUCUUCUGCACCUCCUCCUGGGGCAGCUGCAUAUUGGGGCCCUGAGGAUGAGGGCUCCUGGCUUCCUGUUUCUCCCCUGCCCAACUCCACUAACUCUUACAGGUUUCAGUGUCCCAGUGGAUUCUGCCUCACCACCCUUUCUUGGUUCUCGAACUGCCCAUCUUCCAACUUCAAAUUUAAAUAGUCCUAAACAUUUUAAAUUAUAUGUAUAAAUUCACUGCAUUCAAGCUUCUUUUUAAGCAUUUCAAAUGUGCAAUCAAGAAAGCUUGCUACUGCAUUAAUAGUUGCCAAUUGCUCCUAUGACACAAACCUAGUGGCUUGAGACAACACUAAUAUAUUACGGUUCUGUGGGUUGGAAGUUUGAUACAGGCUUUCACUAGACGUCAGUGGGCCGCAUUCCUUUCUGGAAGUGGAGGACCACCCCCUGCUCAUUCAAGCUAUUGGCAGAAUUCACUUCCUUGCAGUGAUAGAGCAGACGUCCUGCCUCUCUCAGUGAGAGCCCUUCUCAGCUUCUAGAGGCCACCAGCCUUCCCCGGCUCUCCUUCCUCCACCUUCAAGACCAGCCACAACAGGCUGAAUCUUUGUCACAGACCAGACCAGCUGUCUUGUUUUUCUGUGAUUAGCUGGACCCGCCUAGAUAAUCUGGAGUAAUAGCUCUCUCCAGGCCUCUAGAUUAACCACACCUGUACAGUAUCAUUUGCUGUGGAGACUAAUCUUCCUGGGUUCUAGUAGUUUGAGAGUGGGCCCAGGGUGAGGGUGGGAUAUGGUACCUGCUGUACCACCAAAACAAAGACCAAAAACUAGGACAAAGCAAACUUGCCAAGGGACAUCUAAUCAAUUGAAUGAACACCUGUAGGGAAUCUCAAGUAAUCUGAAACAUUCCAGUACUAUUUUCAGGUUUUCAAGUUCUCUUACCUUUCAACUAGAAAUUGCAAAUACCAAAUAACUUUCUAGGCUGCUAAGCUGAUUAUGUGCAUGGUCUUAUAUGGUUUAUGUGGCAGAUUGUACCUGAUUAAACUGAACUUGAAAGGAUAA